AGAAUCUAGUUUAUCUAGGCCUACUUACUUUACUAGUUCAUACUAGUCUAGAGUACUAGAGCUACUACUCAGUAGUAGAGUCUAGUAUAGAAUAGAUCUAGAAUCUAGAUAUACUAAUAAUUAGUAAUAAAUAUACUAGUCUAGUACUACUGUAACUACACUACUCUAGACUAGAGUUAGAGUCUAGACUGUACGACUACUAUUCUAGUACUAGCUAUUGUAGGAACUCUAGGGCUAGGCCGGCUAGGGUAUUAAUUUUGUGAUACUGGCCCUACAGAGUACAGUAGCGUAACCAGCAUUCAUUACGAAUUACAUGAUUACGAAGUAUUGUAAUUGAGUAAACUAAAGACUGAUGAUUAAUAAAUAUGCCAAUAAUAAAAGCCUUGCCUAAGGCUUAACUAGGCUUAACUUAAAAAGCCAUUGGGAUGAUUGAAUAGGCCUACAGAUCACAAUCAUGACAAUCACAAUGAUUCAACAAAGUCACUUUGACUAAUGUGACUCUCAUUAACUCAUACAUAGUGUAACAUAGUGAUCAGAUGAAAAAUAAUUAGAACUUAGACUUAGAUCUAUCUAGAUCUAGAUCUAAACAUUGUCAGCCAUAGUCUGGGGCGUAGUCAAUGGUUUUCAUUUGCAUAUUAUCCUAUGACAUCAAAUUCUGUAUUAACAAGCCUAUAUAAGUGUUCUGUUCAAUUAUCAGGAUGGCUGGAAGAAAUUUUAUCCUGUAGAACACAUCGAUAUGGCUGUAGUAUAACAUAUCCAUUUAAAAGAAGGUUAUUUCAUUCAGGAUACAAUUCAUUAAGUCAUGAUUUGACCAGGAAUAGGCUAACAUCUAGCAGAUCAACUAGAUCUACACAAGAAAGAAACUAUAUUUGGAAAUUAGGUUGUGCAGUAAAAAGAAUUAUAUUUAGCAUGGCAGGAUUAAAACCAACACUUGAAACUUUGCAUUUUGAUAAUUUGGCUCUUCAGUUGUUACCAGUGGACCACAGUGCUUUAGUAACACAAAGACAGGUUCAUGGAGCGUGUUUCUCCAAAGUUCAACCAACUCCAGUUGUCAACCCCAGAACUGUGUGUGUGUCUUUAUCAGCACUAAAUCUGCUGGAUAUUGGGGAAUCUGAAAUGAUGCGGCAAGAGUUUGUUCAAUAUUUUAGUGGCAAUAGAAUUUUACCAGGCUCUGAGACAGCUGCGCAUUGUUAUUGUGGUCAUCAGUUUGGAUAUUUCUCUGGCCAGCUUGGGGACGGUGCAGCAAUGUACCUUGGGGAAAUCCUUAAUGAAAAAGGUGAAAGAUGGGAGAUACAGUUAAAAGGUGCUGGUAAAACACCCUAUUCUAGAUCAGCAGAUGGUAGGAAAGUUUUAAGGAGUUCAAUAAGGGAAUUUUUAUGUAGUGAGGCCAUUCAUCAUUUAGGAAUACCAACUACUAGAGCUGGUUCCUGUAUUACGUCUGACUCUUUGGUUGAAAGAGAUAUUUACUACAAUGGCAACCCUAAACAAGAGCAGUGUACCAUUGUACUGAGGAUUGCCCCUACAUUUCUUAGAUUUGGUUCAUUUGAAAUCUUUAAACCUGUAGACAAUCAAACACAAUAUGAAGGUCCGAGUGUUGGACGUACAGAUAUUCUACUUACACUGCUAGACUACACCAUUGAGCACUUUUAUCCCUUGAUUUGGAAACAACAAUGGAAAAAGAAGAGAGAGAUGUAUUUAGAAUUCUAUACUGAAGUGGUGAGGAGGACGGCAAGGCUAGUGGCCGAGUGGCAGUGUGUUGGUUGGUGCCAUGGCGUCUUGAAUACUGACAAUAUGAGCAUUGUUGGAGUCACCAUUGAUUAUGGCCCUUUUGGUUUCAUGGACAAGUAUAAUCCAUACUUUGUGUGCAAUGCCUCAGAUGAUGGGGGUCGCUACAGCUAUAAAAAACAGCCAGAGAUUUGCAAGUGGAACUGCCAGAAACUGGCUGAAGCCAUUCAAGAUGCAGUGCCACUUUCUAAAACAGAACCUGUGUUGAAUUUGUUUGAUGAGGAGUUUGAUAGACACUACACUAUGAAAAUGAGAAAGAAGUUUGGCUUAAAGAAGGAACAGACUCAAGACAGGGAACUUUUUAACAGCUUCUUUGAAACACUGGAAAGAACUGCUGCAGAUUUUACCAAUUGUUUUCGAUAUUUGAGUAACUUCCCUUUACCAGGCUUAUCAGAUUAUGAAGAAAAGAAAGCUGAUGUUAUCAAAUAUUUUGUAUCCCAGAGUUCUACUGUGGCAGAGCUAAAGAAGGUUAACAGAGUUCGCUAUGAGAACAGUCAGUUGAUGCUGUAUCUAAUGUUAGCUGAGAGUCGUCCUGAAAUGAUUCCUAACCUGAGAAAAGUAAUGCCUGAAAUUGUUCAAGAACUCAAUAAGAUGGAAAGACUGAAAGAGCUAAAGGAUUUAACAGAUGAGUCGCUUUCCCAGAAAAGUUUUGAAAGAUGGAGUGCAUGGUUUGAAAAAUUUGCUUUGAGACUCCAACUAGAGAAAGCUGAUGUCAGCGAUCUAAACUCUUUGUCAGAAGAAAGGAAGAAAAUUAUGAACUCAGUCAAUCCCAAAUUUGUACUCAGGAACUACAUUGCUCAGAAUGCUAUAGCUGCUGCAGAGAAGGGAGAUUACAGCGAGGUCAGAAAGGUCCUCAAACUUUUGGAAACACCCUAUGAUGAUGAUGUACCUGAUCUAAAUGCCCUAGAGUUGAAUGGUUUAAUGGAAAAUGAAUCUCACACUGGACAAGCAGGUUGUCAUGCUCAGCGCAUCAUAUAUGAUGAGAAACCACCAGAGUGGGCAUUUGACCUGCGAGUGACCUGAUCUUCAUAGAUUAAGGGUUCCUUUUGUUAUAUGCUGAUGUGUUUUGAGUUAAUUAGGAGUAGAUUUGACUAGAGAUGUUCAGUUUAAGCUUUCUUGGAUUGAUAUGGGGAAAAAAAGAGAUUAAAACUUUCUUUUGAUGUUUUAAUAUCUAUGUUAAUUGCUGAAUUCAAUCUCUAAAAAUUAUGUAAGAUUAAUUAUGUAAGACAAAACAUGUUAAAAUCUUUAGGAGUUAUAAACCUAAUUGACCUUCUCUUGCUCUUCUAGGCUAGUUUAAGUAAACUCAUUCUAAUUGGCUCAACUCACAUCUGCUAUAAGAAAUGAACCUUCCUGUAUUUAUUGGCUGAAAUAUUUAUGCUGCAUUGUCUGUUUUAUUGAACUUUGUCUUUUAAAACAAGUUUUUAAGUCCACUUUAUCUGAAAUUCAAAACCAUAUAGUUAGUAAAUAAGAGCUAAAUUGAUAGUGUAAUCAAAGAGAACAAGAUAUUUGAAUUUUCUUGUCAGUCUGAAUGUAAUAAGGUUAUCUUCAGAAUGGUUAGGUUUAUGUUUUAAAACAAGGGAACUUAUUAAGCAAUACUGAAAUUUUAGCUGGUAAACUUUGUUUUUUUUUGUAGGAUUUUAAAACAUUAGUAGAUGGAGACAAUGUUUAAUUCUUAUCUAAACUUUGUAAAUGAAUUAGUUGAAAUUUAGGAGUCUCCAAUAAACAAAAGGAUACUUUGAAAGAAACUUAUUAUCAAGAUAAAUGCAAUAUUUUAUUUCUAAAAACAACCUUAUAUAUGAUGUAAAGUAUUGAAAAAACAAACUUUAAAUAUUUGAUUGAACUAAUCUCAUGUUUAGGGAAUUGCAACAACAGUUUAACUCUAAACAAAGCAUCCAAUGAUACCACAUACAUUAGAAAGACAAAGUUCACUAAAAAGAGCAAUGCCUGAUGAAAGGUCCAUGUUCAAACUUCUAAGCUGAAGUAUCAUGUGAGCUUGAUACAGCAUAGAAUUGAAGCUAAACUGGCAUGUCUAUUUGCUGAGAUUUAAUCUUGUGUAAGUUGGUUGUCAGAUAAUACCUUACUCACUGAAAUAUAUUGGACUCUUCUUCUUCUUGUUAUUACUUGUUUUUUUUUCUCUCCACUUUAUGUUUACAUUUUAAAAUGUAUUGUACAAAGCACCUUACAGUCACAGAAUAAGAUCGUUAUUAAAAUGUUUUUCUAAACUUCUUGUAAAAGAAUUUUCGACUUUACAAGUCACAGCUAUUGAUUUUACAUGGCGUCAAGUGAAAAACUUGUUUUACAAUCACAUGAAUAUCUCUUUUAAAAGUCUAUUAAGGGAUUAUAAAAUAUUUUUUGUUGGAUGAAGCCAUAUUUUGAUUUGAAGCCAUAUUUUAGCUUGAAUCCACAAUUAGGAAUAGGCAAUAUUUUGAUUUCAAGCCAUAUUUUGGCUUUUUAACUCAUUGAAUGUCUACAUUUGUAGUCAACUGUUGUUGAUAAAAGAGAUUAUUUUGUGUUCUCCAUUAAGCAGAAUGUUUUCUCUGUACAAUUUAUUUUCAACUCAUCACAUCUCCCUUACCUGUUGGCAAAUGUCUUUCAUUAUGAUUUGGUUUGAAUAAUGUCAUAUUUUGUCCCAUGGUUCAACAUUUUUAUAUUGUUGUUUUUUGUGUGAAGUUAACUUCUAUGACAAUUUUGCUCUGUAAUGUGUUAUUGGUGUCUGUAUUGACAUGUUUGUAUUUGUAUAUAUACAAUUGUAAGAAAAAAGUAAAUGAUGCUUGUAUCUUUGUUCAAUAGAUCUACACAAUAAAAAUAUUUUUUAAA